GUAUUUUUUCUCAUGUGUCUUUGCAGGUAUCCGUUACAGUAUGGACGUUAGUGUGGAUGAAGUGAAAGCCUUAGCAUCUCUCAUGACAUACAAAUGUGCUGUGGUUGAUGUGCCAUUUGGUGGGGCAAAGGCUGGUGUCAAGAUCAAUCCCAAGAACUACACAGACAAUGAAUUGGAGAAGAUCACAAGAAGGUUUACCAUGGAGCUGGCAAAAAAGGGCUUUAUUGGACCUGGUGUGGAUGUUCCUGCCCCUGAUAUGAGCACGGGGGAGAGGGAGAUGUCCUGGAUUGCUGACACCUAUGCCAGUACCAUAGGACACUAUGAUAUUAAUGCACAUGCAUGUGUAACUGGUAAACCCAUCAGCCAGGGUGGGAUCCAUGGACGUAUAUCUGCAACUGGCCGAGGGGUCUUCCAUGGAAUUGAAAAUUUCAUCAAUGAAGCCUCAUAUAUGAGCUUAUUAGGAAUGACUCCAGGAUUUGGAGAUAAAACAUUUGCUGUUCAGGGAUUUGGUAACGUGGGCUUGCAUUCUAUGAGAUACUUGCAUCGUUAUGGUGCAAAAUGCGUUGCUGUCGGAGAGUUCAAUGGCUCCAUCUGGAAUCCUGAUGGGAUUGACCCAAAGGAACUAGAAGAUUUCAAAUUGCAACACGGGACAAUCAUGGGCUUCCCUAAAGCAGAGCCCCUUCAGGGCAGCAUUCUGGAAACAGACUGUGACAUUCUCAUCCCUGCUGCCAGCGAGAAGCAGUUGACCAAGGCCAAUGCACACAAGGUUAAAGCAAAAAUUAUUGCUGAAGGUGCCAAUGGGCCUACAACUCCUGAAGCUGACAAAAUCUUCUUGGAGCGGAAUAUCAUGGUUAUCCCUGAUCUUUACCUGAAUGCUGGUGGUGUAACAGUAUCCUACUUUGAAUGGCUGAAAAACUUGAACCACGUCAGUUAUGGCCGCCUGACUUUCAAAUAUGAGAGAGAUUCCAACUACCACUUGCUCAUGUCUGUUCAGGAAAGUUUGGAAAGAAAAUUUGGGAAACAUGGGGGAACUAUUCCAGUUGUUCCUACAGCAGAAUUUCAAGAUAGGAUAUCGGGUGCAUCUGAGAAAGACAUUGUGCACUCUGGGCUGGCUUACACGAUGGAACGCUCUGCCCGGCAAAUCAUGCGCACUGCCAUGACAUACAACCUGGGUCUGGACCUGAGAACAGCUGCCUAUGUCAAUGCAAUUGAGAAAGUCUUCAAAGUGUACAAUGAGGCUGGUUUGACCUUUACAUAAAGAGGCCAUGACCUCUCCUUGUUGUAUCCCACCCCUCGCUGUUAAUGUACCCUCUUCUUGAGAAAGCUUAUCACAAGUUUACAUGUAACCACAAAAUUUUCUUUUCUUCUGACAUUAUAGUGGAUUCUAUUCUCAAUUAGUUUCAGUUCCAAACUAGUCUUUUUUACAAUAAAAAUCCAUGGAUUAGGAAAUUGUAUACAAGUAUGUAUCUGAAGAUAACAGUUCAUCUGCACUUGUGGGGGCCAUUCUGGGUGUUUCGCCUACAAAACAAAAUGGUACAUUUUAUGUAUGGAAGAGUGGUCUUGCCACCUGAGCCACUUCUCAGACUUCAGAUCAGAUACUGUACUAUAUGAGCACUUAGCUCAUUAUUACUUCAUGCACUUUUGUUUAAUGACAUAAUUUUAGCUUCAGCACUUUCAGUAAGGCCUUGUAUGAUCAAUGCUGUGGCAUUGUCAAAGGAAGAAUGGGCCUCCAGCAGGGAUUAACUUUGAUAGGAGUCUAGUUUUUAUUUGUAGUAAAGCUUCAGGCCUGAUUCUCUUAAGGCAAUAUUUUUUUCUUUAACUGUGCUACUGUUACAGGACUGCCUUUCCUUACUUGUUCGAGCUAGUUUGACUGUCAUCAAACAUUUGUAGCGCUGACAGACUAAUAUUUUUAUAAGCUGAAACUAUUGAGCAACUCUAGUUAAGUUUUUAAUCAAGUAUCUACAUAACUACUCUGACUAUGGGUUGUUUCCUUUUUUUUUAAGAAAGGGAUAUUCUGAAUUUGUUAAGCAAUCAUACUUAGGUUUUUUGGAAUUCUUUUUCAGUCUUUUCAUUUCAGAGGCUUUCUGAAAAUUAGAUACUGCCUCAGUGAACAACUGAACCCAGAAAUCAUUGGCCAAACCACAGAGGAGUUAGAAUGCUGCUAUAAAUUUAAUUCACUGUCUUAACACACACAGCCUUUUUUUUUUUUUUUGUCAUCAGGAGGUCUUGAAAGUUUUGAACAUAAAGUACAACAAAAUGGACCUCAACAAAAUAUUGGAUCAAGCACAGUUUUUGAAGUUUAAGGCUUUUGUCCCUUGGAGUCCCCUUGAAGUGCCAGAUGUUAUUUAUGUAAUGAAUAUGAAUGUUUUUUUUAAAAAGACAAUUAGACCCUCCCAGAAACUCAUGCUUUUUUCCUAACUACUUUGUAACUGCAUGACAUAACCUGGAGAGAGAGAGCAGUUAUUAAAAAAAAGUUGACCUUUCCAAACCAA